CAGAAAGAUUGACUUUCGUUUUCGUUGUUGGGUGAUCAGCCUCGGUUGUGACGCCGCUUAUAAAUACAGGAAGUGAUUCGGGCUGUUGUUUCAUUACCAGGAGAAGCUCAGCUGACUGUUACUCUGAUCAGAAAACAAUAUGGGUUUUGUGACUCUUGCUGGCGUCAUAGUAGGGGCAGUGGGAGCAGUGGCCCUGGCUCCUGUUGCCCUGGGAGCCAUAGGUUUCACCUCAGCUGGAAUAGCAGCAGGUUCCUACGCUGCAGGCAUGAUGUCCACUGCUGCUCUUGCUAAUGGAGGAGGAGUGGCAGCAGGGAGUCUGGUGGCUGUUUUGCAGUCAGCAGUAACAGCUGUAGCUAUUGCAGCAGGCGCUGGUGGAGCAGUGGUCUCUGCUCCGUUUGUUCUGGGAGCCAUAGGUUUCACCUCAGCUGGAAUAGCAGCAGGUUCCUACGCUGCAGGCAUGAUGUCCACUGCUGCUAUUGCUAAUGGAGGAGGAGUUGCAGCAGGGAGUCUGGUGGCUAUUUUGCAGUCAGCAGGAAUGGCUGGUCUGUCUGGGACUGCUACUGCAGCCGUGGCCAGUGCUGGAGGAACGGUGGGAUUUUUGGCUACUCUCAUCUGAGAUGAAGCUGGAAAUCAUGAAGGAAUAAUACAUACGAGACAAUGUAUUUGCUUUUGUAAAUUAGAAACAAAUGCCAACAAUAUCAGUGAAGUCGAACUUUAUCUGUCAGUAAAGUAAAACUUGACUGAAAUCUGUGGGCAAAAAAAUGUUUGUGUUUUUGCAAAGCACAUUUAUAUUGUCAAAUUGUCCAAAAUAAAGAAUAACAAUGAAGGAAUAAUGAGCAUUUGAGAAGUCUUUGCUGGCUGUUAUUAUUAUCUAUAUAUUGUAUAUACAGCAUGGCUCUGUCUUUAUAUCCACAAGCAAAAAACUAAUAAUAAGAGGAGCAAACUUUAACAUAUCAUUUUUAUACACUACCUGGUUUUCAUUUAAUUAUUUUAUACAUUGUGGAUUAAUAUUGAAGAUAUGCAAACUAUAAAAGAAUACAUAUUAAAUUAUGUUGUAAACAAAAAAGUGUUAAUCUUCAGUAUUGAUCAACAAUGUAGACAAUAAUACAAAUAAAUAAAAAGCAUUGAAUGAGAAGCUGUGUCCAAACUUUUGACUGGUAGUGUACAAAAAUAAUAUUUGAUGAUUUCUUUUUCUUCAGAUUAUCCUGUUUUGUUUUUUUAAACAUAUUUCAAUUGAAGAAAAAGAUGAAUAGUACAGGAGCGAGAUUCAAGUAAAUAAAUAUCUUGAAUCAUUUUUCUCGUAUUAACAAUCAGAAACCAAACGACCCUCCAUCCCAUACGACCCACAUGCUGCUGGACAAGAAGAAAGAGAAACAAGUAAAUUCUCUAACUGAAUAAUAAUAAAAAAAAUACAAGAAACAGUGUGAGGGGGCCACAUUAUCUCUCAAGCGUGUUUAAUAGUACUGUCAGGGCCAUAUGGUCCUAUGGAUGAGUGCUACGUCUGUCAAAAUGCAAAAUCGGGGGUCCCAAAGAUUUUCCUGUUUAAAUGAUAUCCUGCAGUCACAGUUUCUGUUCCUGCUGGUAGAGCAUGGCACACUUUCCUUUCUCUCUGCUGCCCUCUUUUGCUCAGAGUUUCGUUUCUCAAGAAACGAAACCUGACAGGGUUAUAAAUACAACCCAGUACCAGGCUCUUCAGAAGAGGAAAGACAUGGAUCCUGUGACAGCUGUGGGUGCUGCAGUAGGAGCAGUGGGUGCAGUGGCCGCUGCCCCUUUUGUUCUGGGAGCCAUAGGUUUCACCUCAGCCGGAGUAGCAGCAGGUUCCUACGCUGCAGGCAUGAUGUCUUCUGCUGCAGUUGCUAACGGAGGAGGAGUGGCAGCAGGAAGUGUGGUGGCUGUUUUGCAGUCAGUAGGUGCAGCUGGUCUCUCAGCGACUGCCAGUGCAGCUGUGGCUGGUGUUGGAGCAACAGUGGGAUGGCUGGCAAGCUUCAUCAGUUAAAAAAAAAACAAAACACCAAAUCAGUUUAUUUUUGGCAAAAUUGCAAAUCUUGUUACCUUAAUAAAGCAAAACUUUUGUUUUUGAGACUGUUGAAAUGUUUGGAUGUGUAACUGACUGACUCAAACUUGUGUUGAUGUUUUGCUGUUUCUACAAAGACUGUUACAAUGUUCCAGAAAUUGAGAAAAUUUAAACCGUGUUCCAAUAAAUUGGUUGUGAAAAUGUUUA